CUGUAUAGACGCUCUUUACUGUGAACGACUUGCAAAGGUUUCAUUUCGAUUCCCAAUUGCGCCGUGGUAGGGUGCAUAUUGGAGAUUCCGCCGAAGAAAUUGCCUCUCGAUUUCCGCCCGUAACUUAGGCCUGGGACUAUGAGCACGACCACAGUGACCGGUACGCAGCGGCGAGCAUCAAUUCGGCAGACACAACCACCCGUAAUACAGACAUCAAGCGCGCAUUCGAUGCCGAGCCCCGUCGAUAAAUUCCCAGACUUCCAUGAUGAUUCGCAUGAGGCCUUAACAGAUAAAGGGCUUCCUUCCCUUCAAUAUGCGGCGAACGAUACCUGGCAGCCGCGCAGAGGAGGCAAUCCUCCUUGGGCGCAUGCUGCGGGGCCAAGAGGAUCGAAACAUCGACCGAGAAAGAGUAUAAACGAGGCGUUGACCACCAUUAGAACUGGGAAUGGUGGCGUGAGCGCCAAUGCGCACGAGCUGGCGGAGGCGCUCAGGGCUCCAGUGUCGGUCAGACUCAUUGUACUAUGUCUUAUCUGGUAUAUGACUUCGGCCCUGACGAAUACGUCGUCUAAAUCAAUUCUCAACGCGCUUCCAAAGCCGAUAACUCUUACUAUCGUUCAGUUCGCUUUCGUCUCAAUGUGGUGCUUACUGCUCGUAUACAUGUCGAGAUUAUUCCCAUCACUCAAACGAGCAGUGCCGGCCCUCAAGCACGGCAUCCGUCGCCCAUCGAGGGAGGUGAUUAUGACGGCGUUGCCCCUGGCGAUAUUCCAGCUGGCUGGUCAUAUCCUCAGUUCCAUGGCCACAUCCAAGAUUCCAGUAUCUCUCGUCCACACAAUCAAAGGAUUGUCGCCUCUCUUUACCGUGCUGGCAUAUCGGUUUGUGUUCCGUAUUCGAUACGCAAGGGCAACUUACAUGUCCUUGAUUCCCUUAACUCUCGGUGUGAUGCUCGCCUGCUCGACCGGUUUCUCCACCAAUUUCUUCGGCAUCCUGUGCGCCUUCCUAGCUGCAAUAGUAUUCGUCUCUCAGAAUAUUUUCUCCAAGAAGCUCUUUAAUGAGGCAGCCCGUGCGGAACAAGACGGCCAGUCUGGAGCGCGUAAACUAGACAAGCUAAACCUAUUAUGCUACUGCUCAGCGCUUGCAUUCAUACUGACCGUGCCUAUCUGGUUUGUCAGCGAAGGGUAUUCUCUGAUCAAAGACUUCUUCCAAGACGGUGCGGUUGAGCUGUCAGGAAAGAGAGGCGCACUGGACCAUGGAGCCCUCUUUGUCGAGUUCGUUUUCAACGGCAUAUCUCAUUUUGCCCAGAACAUCCUAGCGUUUGUUCUGUUGUCCAUGAUCUCUCCGGUGUCCUAUUCAGUUGCCUCUCUCAUCAAACGUGUUUUCGUGAUAGUGGUUGCGAUCGUGUGGUUUGGAAGUCGCACAACACCUAUUCAGGCGCUUGGUAUCGCACUCACCUUUCUCGGGCUAUAUCUCUAUGAUCGCAACAGUCAUGAUGAUGUUGCUGAUCGUCGGGCGAAUGCGGACCAUUUCCGAUCCAAGGACUCUGUUCUGCCUCUGAACAUUGGCACUCCCAGCAAACCGCGAGACUCACAUGGAUACGGGUUCCCUCCCGCCAAGAUUGGCGAAAAUCGUCGUCCUGAAGGCUUCAGUGCGGCGGUUGCUGACCAGAGGAAGGAAGAUGAUGGACCGGGGCCAACAAGAGAUAGAAGCACCUCACACACGUGGUUACCGCCUGGAACUAGGCAAGAGUCGACAUGGCAACCCGGUGACGCAGGGUCUUCGAGAUGAUCUUUUGCAGGCCUUGCGUCUCUUUAUGUACCAUAUUCGGAUCAUGAUAUAUUUAUUUGAAUGGCGUUGAAGAAUGUACUCUACAGACCCCACGGGGAAGACAUGUCUGAUGUCAUGUCGCCUGAUCA